AUGUGGUCUCCUUCUCUUGCACGACUCCAAUCUCGUGCGGUCUCUGGUCUGACCAGAUCAGCCCGUUUCCAACCCCAGAACCUACUGCGCCAGCGAUGCGCCUCGACGGCUCUCCGAUCCUCCGCGGCUGCGCCGGCUUAUCAGUCAAAACUGGGACAAUGGGAUCAACGGCGCAAUGCCUCUGCUGCGGCUUCUGCUGUUCUCGAGGCUGCUAAGGCUAACCCCGAUGGCUUGUCCCAAGCCGCCAUUAUUGACAACUUGGACCCCGUUGAGGCCGCUCGUCUGGACAAGUGCCGCAACAUUGGUAUCGCGGCCCACAUCGACAGCGGAAAGACCACAUGUACCGAGCGAGUCCUUUUCUACACUGGUCGCAUCAAGGCCAUCCACGAAGUCCGCGGGCGUGACAGUGUCGGUGCCAAAAUGGACUCCAUGGAUCUGGAGCGUGAGAAGGGUAUCACCAUUCAGUCCGCAGCUACCUUCUGCGACUGGGUGAAGAAGGACAAGGAGGGUGUUGAUCAGAAGUACCACCUGAACUUGAUUGAUACCCCUGGUCACAUUGAUUUCACCAUCGAGGUCGAGAGAGCGCUGCGCGUUCUUGACGGUGCUGUCAUGAUCUUGUGUGCCGUCUCUGGUGUUCAGUCCCAGACGAUUACCGUCGAUCGCCAAAUGCGCCGCUACAACGUUCCCCGUAUCUCAUUUGUGAACAAGAUGGAUCGUAUGGGUGCCAACCCCUUCAAGGCUGUUGAUCAGAUCAACACCAAGUUGAAGAUUCCCGCGGCUGCUGUUCAGGUUCCUAUUGGUGCUGAGGACGAGUUCGAAGGUGUCGUUGAUCUGAUUCGCAUGAAGGCCCUGUACAACGUCGGUGCCAGUGGUGAGGACAUCAUGGUCAAGGAUGAGAUCCCUGAGAAGGUCAAGGCUCUUGCUGAGGAGCGCCGCAGCAUGCUUAUUGAGACUCUUGCCGAUGUUGAUGAUGAGAUCGCCGAGAUGUUCUUGGACGAAAUUGUUCCCAGCGAGGAUCAAAUCCGUGCGGCCAUCCGUCGCUCCACCAUUGGAUUGAAGUUCACUCCUGUGUUCAUGGGAUCUGCUCUGGCCAACAAGUCUGUGCAGCCUAUGUUGGACGGUGUCAUCGACUUCCUGCCCAACCCCUCCGAAGUCGAGAACCUGGCUCUUGAUCAGAAGCGCGACGAGGCUUCUGUCAAGCUUGUUCCUUACAACUCCCUUCCCUUCGUCGGUCUGGCCUUCAAGCUCGAAGAGAGCAACUUUGGUCAAUUGACCUACAUCCGUGUAUACCAGGGUACCCUCCGCAAGGGCUCCAACGUCUUCAAUGCUCGUAACAACAAGAAGGUCAAGGUCCCUCGUAUUGUGCGUAUGCACUCCAACGAGAUGGAGGAAGUCAGCGAGAUUGGCGCUGGUGAGAUCUGUGCCGUGUUCGGUAUUGAGUGUGCGUCCGGCGAUACCUUCACCGACGGACAGCUCGGCUACAGCAUGUCGUCCAUGUUCGUUCCCGAGCCCGUCAUUUCGCUCUCCAUUAAGCCCAAGCAGAGCAAGGAUGGUGCCAACUUCUCCAAGGCCAUGGCCCGUUUCCAGAGAGAGGACCCUACCUUCCGCGUGACCUACGAUAACGAGAGUGACCAGACCAUUAUCUCCGGUAUGGGUGAACUGCACCUCGAUAUUUACGUUGAGCGUAUGCGCCGUGAGUACCGCGUCGACUGCGAGACCGGUCAGCCCCAGGUCGCUUACCGUGAGACCAUUGGUGAACGCGUUGAGUUCGACCACUUGCUCAAGAAGCAGUCUGGUGGACCUGGUGAGUAUGCCCGUGUCAUGGGAUGGAUGGAGCCCACCGGUGUCCUCGAGGAGAACAAGUUCGAACAGCAAGUUGUCGGUGGCAGUAUCUCCGAGAAGUUCUUGUUCGCCUGUGAAAAGGGAUUCAACCUGUCCUGUGAAAAGGGUCCUCUUAUCGGCCACAAGGUUUUGGGAACUCGCAUGGUCAUCAACGAUGGUGCUACCCACAUGACUGAUUCCUCUGAAAUGUCCUUCAAGAACGCCACCCAGCAGGCGUUCCGCAAGGCUUUCGCUGAGAGCCAGCCCUCUGUCCUGGAGCCCCUCAUGAAGACAGUCGUGACUGCCCCUACUGAGUUCCAGGGUGAUGUCAUCGGUCUGCUUAACAAGCGCGGUGCUACUAUCAACGACACCGAGACCGGUGUUGACGAGUUCACUAUCUACGCUGACUGCAGUCUGAACGGCAUGUUCGGCUUCAGUACUAACCUGCGCGCUGCUACUCAGGGCAAGGGUGAAUACACCAUGGAGUUCAGCCACUACGAGAAGGCUCCUCCUCAGAUGCAGUAA